AUGUUUUACCAAGAAAAGGACAACGAUAACAUUGGCAUUCUGCAAUUUAUUCCACAAGCAGAACUAGAGAUGAUUGAGAUUUUACCUGGCAAACGUCUUGAAAAAGGAAAGAAAGCUACGUUGAAGUUAGUAUAUUCUGGACUUAUCAGCAAGAGUUUGGGAGGAUUCUACCAAACAAAUUACGUGGAGAAGGAUGGAACAAAAAAAGUCGCUGCAGUCACACAAAUGGCACCUAUUGAUGCUCGGAGCAUGGUUCCAUGUUUUGACGAGCCCGAAUUCAAAGCCACAUGGAAUGUUACGGUCAUCCAUCCCAAGGGAACAAAGGCUAUUUCAAAUGGCAUAGAGGAGAACGAGUAA